GCCGGAGUGGAGCCCGGGCUGGGGCCGGAGCGGGCGGAAUGGAGGCCCCGCGCGUGCCCGCUCUGCGCCGCCUGCUGCCGCUGCUGCUCUUGCUGCUGCCACUGCCCCCCCGCGCCGGGGCCAAGUACGUGCGGGGCAACCUCAGCUCCAAAGAGGACUGGGUGUUCUUGACAAGAUUUUGCUUCCUCUCGGAUUACGGACGACUGGACUUCCGUUUCCGAUACCCUGAGGCCAAAUGCUGUCAGAACAUCCUCCUCUAUUUUGAUGACCCAUCUCAGUGGCCAGCUGUGUACAAGGCAGGGGACAAGGAUUGCCUGGCUAAGGAGUCAGUGAUCAGGCCUGAGAACAACCAGGUCAUCAACCUCACUACCCAGUAUGCCUGGUCAGGCUGUCAGGUGGUGUCAGAGGAGGGAACCCGCUACCUGAGCUGCUCCAGUGGCCGAAGCUUCCGUUCAGUGCGUGAACGGUGGUGGUAUAUCGCGCUCAGCAAGUGUGGGGGAGAUGGGCUGCAGCUGGAAUAUGAGAUGGUCCUCACCAAUGGCAAGUCCUUCUGGACGCAGCACUUCUCUGCGGAUGAGUUUGGGAUCCUGGAGACAGAUGUGACUUUCCUCCUCAUCUUCAUCCUCAUCUUCUUCCUCUCCUGUUACUUUGGAUAUUUGCUGAAAGGUCGUCAGUUGCUCCACACGACUUAUAAAAUGUUUAUGGCUGCAGCUGGAGUGGAGGUUCUGAGUCUCCUGUUUUUCUGCAUCUACUGGGGCCAGUAUGCCACUGAUGGCAUCGGCAACGAGAGUCUGAAGAUCUUGGCCAAGCUGCUCUUCUCCUCCAGCUUCCUCAUCUUCCUGCUGAUGCUCAUCCUUCUGGGGAAGGGAUUCACAGUGACACGGGGCCGCAUCAGCCACUCAGGCUCUGUGAAGCUGUCUGUCUACAUGACCCUGUAUACUCUUACCCACGUGGUGCUGCUCAUCUAUGAGGCUAAGUUCUUUGACCCGGGCCAGGUACUGUACACGUAUGAGUCGCCGGCAGGCUACGGGCUCAUCGGGCUGCAGGUGGUGGCUUACGUGUGGUUCUGCUACGCCGUGCUUGUCUCUUUGCGCCAUUUCCCGGAGAAGCAGCCCUUUUAUGUGCCCUUCUUUGCUGCCUACACCCUCUGGUUCUUUGCAGUUCCUGUCAUGGCCCUGAUCGCCAACUUUGGGAUCCCCAAGUGGGCUCGGGAGAAGAUUGUCAACGGCAUCCAGCUGGGAAUCCAUUUGUAUGCUCAUGGCGUGUUCCUGAUCAUGACACGCCCCUCGGCGGCCAACAAGAACUUCCCCUACCACGUGCGCACAUCGCAGAUCGCUUCGGCCGGCGCCCCGGGGCCCGGAGGUAGCGAGUCGGCAGACAAGGCCUUCCCGCAGCACGUCUAUGGGAACGUGACGUUCAUCAGCGACUCGGUGCCCAACUUCACGGAGCUCUUCUCCAUCCCCCCGCCCGCCUCCUCCGCCGGGAAGCAGGUGGAGGAGACGGCGGUGGCGGUGGCGGCGGCGGCGGCCCCGAGGGGCCGCGUGGUGACCACGGCCGAGCCCGGCGCGGCCUCCCCGCCCCCACCCCCUCGGUUCCCCAAAGUGGCCGACCCGAGCUGGGAUGGCCCGACGCCGCCCUACCAGCCUCUUGUGCCCCAGACGGCGUCGCCGCACACCGGCUUCACCGAAUACUUCAGCAUGCGCACGGCCGGGGGCACCGCACCCCCAGUCUGACACCCCAGCACGCCCCUGCCCCAUGGGCCGCGCGCUGGGUCCCGGACCCCCGCUCUCUCCCAGCCCCAGGGCUCAGCCAUCCCAGGCCUUCCCAACCCGCCCCACCCCGCGCGCCCAGGUAGGGGUGCGCACUGUCCCGCUCCUCCCCUCCCCCUGACUCUUGUGCCAAACGGUCCCGCGGGAGCCGCUCUCCCCGUCCCCUCCCUCAGCCCCUGCCCCGAGCGGCGCCGGAUUCUGGGCUCCCGCUGUUCCGUGACCUCCGGCCCCCUGGCCCC